GUUAUAUCCGAGAAGGUUUCCUGGCGGUGCAGCACGCGGUGGACAGAGCCAUCAUGCGGUACCACGCCAGCGCCAGCUCCGCCGGCCUGCUGGAGAACGUCACGGUGGUGGUGCGGCGCUUCCCCUACCCCGCGUACGUCAACGACCUCUUCCUCCUCGCCAUCCAGAACCAGCUGCCCCUGCUGCUCAUGCUCAGCUUCACCUACACCUCGCUCAACAUCGUCCGUGCCGUCGUGCACGAGAAGGAGAAGAAGCUGAAGGAGUACAUGCACAUGAUGGGCCUCAGCAACUGGUUGCACUGGAGCGCCUGGUUCCUCAUGUUCUUCCUCUUCCUCCUUGUGUCCGUGUUUUUCGUCACCGUGCUCUUCUGUGUCAAGGUGAGCGAACAGGGAGCAGUGCUCACCAACAGCGACCCCACGCUGGUGUUUGCCUUCCUCGCCAUCUUCUCCAUCUCCUCCAUCUCCUUCAACUUCAUGGUGAGCACCUUCUUCUCGAGAGCAAACGUUGCGGCUGCCGCUGGCGGCUUCCUCUACUUUUUCUCCUACAUCCCUUACUUCUUCAUCUCGCCCCGCUACGACCUGAUGUCCCACAGCCAGAAGCUGGCGUCCUGCCUCAUCUCCAACGUGGCCAUGGCCAUGGGGGCACAGCUCAUAGGCAUGUUCGAAGGAAAAGGGACUGGCAUUCAGUGGAGGGACCUCAUGAAGCCCGUCAGCGUGGACGACAACUUUACCUUAGCCCAGGUGCUGGGGAUGCUGCUCCUGGACUCGGCACUCUACGGCGUGGUGGCCUGGUACGUGGAGGCCGUCUUUCCAGGGGAGUACGGCGUGCCUCAGCCAUGGUACUUCUUCUUGACGCCCUCAUACUGGUGCGGGCGUCCCAGGACUGUUGUGGGAAAAGAGAAGGAGGAGGAGGAGGACCCCGAGAAAGCUCUGAAGAGCCAGUACAUCGAGGAGGAACCUGCCGACCUCGUGUCAGGAAUCAAAAUAAAGCACCUUUCCAAGGUCUUCAAAGUGGGAAACAAGAUGAAAGAGGCGGUCAGGGACUUAACAGUGAACAUGUAUGAAGGGCAGAUCACCGUCUUGUUGGGACACAACGGUGCUGGGAAGACCACCACUCUGUCCAUACUCACAGGUAGGAGCCACGUCCUGUUGUGGGGCUGGCACGUGUCCCAGGACAUGGUCCUGAUCCGCCGCAGCCUGGGUCUGUGUCCCCAGCACGACGUCCUCUUCGACAACAUGACAGUGGAAGAGCACCUCCGCUUCUAUGCAGGGCUGAAGGGGUACCCACCCUCCAAGUGCCCCGAGGAGAUCAACCACAUCCUGAGGAUCCUCAACCUGGAGGACAAGCGCCGCGCUCUGACCAAGGCGCUCUCCGGCGGCAUGAAGCGCAAGCUCUCCAUUGGCAUUGCCCUCAUCGGGGACUCCAAGGUGGUGAUGCUGGAUGAGCCAACGUCGGGGAUGGACCCAGCCUCUCGCAGGGCCACGUGGGACCUCCUGCAGCAGCAGAGGAGCAACCGCACCAUCCUGCUGACCACCCACUUCAUGGAUGAGGCUGACCUGCUGGGGGACCGCAUAGCUAUCAUGGCCAAGGGCGAGCUGCAGUGCUGCGGCUCCUCACUCUUCCUCAAGCGUAAAUACG